AUGACAGACCAGAUUGCCAUCUGUGGUAUUGGAAUGCGCCUUCCAGGAGGCAUUAAAUCACCAGAUGCAUUUUGGGAUCUGCUGGUGAACGGUAGAGAUGCACGUGGGCCAGUUCCUUCUACCAGAUAUAAUACGGAAGGAUUCAACGACUCCCUCGGGGGUAAGGAAGCAAUCAAAACCAGAUAUGGUUACUUUAUCGAGGACGACCUGACCACCCUGGACACAUCCUUUUUCUCAUUGACAAAGAAUGAGCUCGAAAAGUGCGAUCCACAACAACGCAAGUUGCUCGAGGUGACUCGCGAAUGUCUGGAGGACGCCGGUGAGGUCAAUUAUCGAGGCCAACUCAUUGGCUGUUACGUAGGGACCUUUGGUGAGGAUUGGCUGCAGAUGAGUGCCAAAGAGUCGCAACAUUCCGGGGGAUACAUCAUGACCGGCCAUGGAGACCUCAUGAUCGCCAACCGAGUCUCGUAUGAAUACGAUCUCCGCGGUCCUAGCCUGGUUAUCAAGACUGGUUGCUCUGCUUCCCUUGUUGCCCUUCACGAGGCCUGUCGAGCGCUGCAACGUGGUGAUGCCAACGGGGCCGUCGUUGCUGGCACCAACUUGAUUAUGGGCCCAACAACCACGGCUGCCAUGACCGCUGAGGGCAUUCUCUCCCCUGAUGGGUCGUGCAAGACGUUUGAUGCCCAUGCUGAUGGGUUUGCCCGUGCAGAGGCCAUUUCGGCGAUAUAUAUCAAACCGCUUGAGACUGCCAUACGGGACGGAAACGUCAUCCGCGCUGUGAUUCGAGCCACCGGCACCAACAGUGACGGCAAGAGUCAAAGCUUGAUGAGCCCCAAUGGCAAGGCCCAUGAAUCUCUGAUGCGAAAGGUAUAUCAGGAUGCGGGCCUGGAUCCGUCAGAGACGGCAUUCGUCGAGUGUCACGGAACCGGAACUCCCACUGGUGACCCCAUUGAGACCACCGCAGUCGGAAAUGUAUUUGGCAACAAGGGUGUCUAUAUUGGCUCAGUCAAACCAAACGUUGGCCAUUCCGAAGCUUCUUCGGGCAUUUCGAGUCUGAUCAAGGCAGUGCUGGCACUGGAACACAACACCAUCCCCCCCAACAUCAAGUUCUCUUUGCCAAAUCCGAAAAUUCCUUUUGCUGAAAAGCAAUUAAAGGUUCCUCUGGUUCCCACGCCUUUCCCGGAAAAUCGGGCGCAUCGCAUCAGUAUCAACUCAUUUGGAAUUGGCGGUGCGAAUGCCCAUGUCAUUCUUGACUCUUUUUCUCGGGACCCAGUUCAAUUGGAAACCCAGAGGAAAACGGUCAAACCGGAACUGCUGCUCUUCUCGGCCAAUACACAGCCUUCCCUGGCAAAAAAACUCGACCAAUAUCAGAAGUUUGCACAGGAAAACCCGCACUGCGCUGCAGACCUCGCGUAUACUCUGGCAAUCCGUCGAGAAAAUCUCCCUCACAGGGCCUUUGCAGUCUUGGACAAUGGCACCUUUGCUGAGACUUCUGGAUCAGUCAAAGCAGCAAACCGUGCCCCCGAGGUGACGAUGAUAUUUAGCGGCCAGGGUGCUCAGUGGGCUCAGAUGGGCAAAGAACUCAUUGAAACCGAUGCAAACUUCCGCUCUGAUAUCAGUAAAAUGGAUGGAUUUCUGCAGAGCUUCAAAUAUGCCCCCGAAUGGACGAUAUUAGGCGAACUCGAAAAGCCCAAGGAAAGCAGUCAGAUCAACCGUGCAGAACUGUCUCAGCCGCUGUGCACCGCGGUCCAAAUUGCUCUGGUCAAUCGGUUCCUCGCCGCGGACGUCAAGCCUAGUGCCGUAAUCGGCCAUUCCAGUGGUGAAAUUGCAGCUGCCUAUGCGGCUGGUAUCAUUCCUCUGGAAAUAGCUAUGAUUGUUGCAUACUAUCGUGGCUAUGUGACCACCAAGAUGGCCCCCUCGGACGGAGGAAUGGCAGCCGUCGGCUUGAGUGCGGCCGAGGUCUCUCGAUACUUAGUUGAUGGAGUUACCUUGGCCUGCCAGAACAGUCCAUCCAGCACAACAAUCUCCGGCGACGGGGCCAAGGUCGAAGAGGUUCUUUCCGCUGUGCGGAAAGCCGCACCGGAUGCGUUUGCCAGACGGCUGGAGGUGAAUAUGGCAUAUCAUUCGCACCACAUGCAGUCUUUAGCCAGCGAGUAUUGUAGUCUCAUCAAGGCAGAGAUGGCACGACACCCCAACCUCGCUGCGCCCAAGCAAAGGGCUGAUUUCAUAUCGAGCGUGACUGCGGAACCUAUAGAGGAUCCAACUUUCUUUGGCCCAGAGUAUUGGGUCGCCAACCUUACCUCCCCUGUUCUCUUUUCGCCAGCCGUCACCAGUCUCCUCAAAUCCUCCAAGCAAGAUGGCGUCUUCUUGGAAAUUGGCCCUCACUCGACUCUCGCGGGUCCGUUACGACAGAUCACCUCCGCUGAGUCCCGGCCCUGUGUCUAUGCCGCUGCAAUGAUCCGGGGUAAGAAUUGUGCGCAUAGCCUUCUCUCGGCGUUUGGGAGAUUAUUCCAAGAAGGAAUAAGCAUUAAUUUUGCCUCCUCCUUGUUUUCAAGUGGCGGAAAACCUCUUUCGGGACUGCCUACGUAUCCGUGGGACCAUGGCAAUUCGUACUGGUACGAAAGCCGCGUGUCGCAAGCAUGGCGAUUCCGCAAAUUCGCUCACCAUUGCCUGUUGGGAAGUCGCGUACCGGAAACACCAGAGAUGGAGCCGCUGUGGAGAAAUAUGCUGCAUUUGGAGCAUGAGCCCUGGCUGGGGGACCAUAAGAUUCGCCAGGAUGUGGUGUUUCCUUUUGCGGGCUAUAUCGCCAUGGCCGGUGAGGCAAUAAGGCAGAUUGACGGCACAGAUCAUGGGUUCAGUGUUCGACAUGUUGUUGCACAGACAGCUCUUGUCCUGACAGAGUCAAAGCCGGUUGAGAUGCUGACUGGGCUGCGCCCGCGCAAACUGACGGAUUCUGAUGAUAGCGAAUGGUAUGACUUUACCAUCAUGUCGUACACCAAUGAUACCUGGAUCAAGCACUGUAAGGGACAAAUCAAAAAGCUUGAGAAAUCUAUUCCAGCCAGUGGCCCCAGACCAGACACACUACCUCGCCGUGUUGAACCAGCCCGGUUCUACGAUGCAAUGGCCAACGUGGGUAUCGUAUACGGCCCCGAGUUUCAAGGCUUGACCAACAUUACCUCCUCAACUAAAGAAGGGCUGGCCACUGCUGAAAUUGUGAGGAAGAAUCCUUCUCAUCAAGAAUCGCCGUUUUUCAUCCAUCCAACUUGUAUCGACGCAUGUCUCCAGCUUCUACUUGUUGCGAUGGCAAAGGGCCUCGGUCGAAACUUUGAUCAGCUAUCUGUUCCAACCAUCAUUGAAGAGCUUGAGAUUGCUCGUGGAGCAGAUAAGAUGCAGGCCAUUGCAUGGAAACCAAAGGACAACCCUCAAAGCGCUGGGGUGGAAUGCGUCGUAGAUGGGACGACAGUGUUUCGAAUGGCGGGACUUCAACUCACGCCGCUUGAUGACGACAGACUCCUUGAGGAAACUAGCAAUGAUGUACAUGCUGCUGCACGACUAGAGUGGUUUCCCGAUUACGACUUUAUAGAUGCCGGCUCCUUGUUCAAACCCCCCGUGUCGGACAGAGCCGAGACCCGGUUGCAGGAGGAAAUGACCCUCCUCUGUAUUCUGGAAUCGGCAGAAAAGAUUGCAGGAUGCCAGCCAUGCCAGCCGCAUUUUGCUAAAUUCAGAGACUGGCUGAACCGUGAAAUCGAGCGGGCAAAGAGCGGAACGUACACGCUCGUUGAAGACUCUAAGCGCUAUGUGACUUUGUCUGCAGAGACGCGACGUGAAAUGAUCACGAACCGAUUCAAUCAACUGAUGCAAAUGAACAAGCAAGCCGUUGCUAUCGGCCUUCUGCGAAUCUGCGAUAACAUGAAGCAGAUUUUCACGGGACAGGCAGACACUCUUGAUAUCUUGAUGCAAGACAAUGUGCUCACAGAGAUCUACAACGUGGUCAGCUUUGGUCACAGUGAUUUCGUGCGGUUUUUGAGCAAUACUAGGCCAACACUGCGGAUCCUAGAGGUCGGAGCAGGCACAGGGGGCACCACAGAGCUGAUUCUGCGCGAUUUGGUUGACGAAGGGGGGUUGCCUCUGUAUUCCACGUACACCUUCACUGAUGUUUCGGCUGGCUUCUUCCCUCAGGCCAAGGACCGAUUUGCUUAUGCUUCGAACAUGGAGUACAAAGUGUUUGAUAUCUCUCAGAGUUACGCGGAGCAAGGGUUCGAGCCAGGAACGUAUGAUCUCAUUUUUGCUGCCAAUGUCAUCCACGCUACGCCCAUUCUUCAGGAUACCUUGAAGAACCUGCAGCCACUGCUGCGCCCUGAUGGACUGCUGGUAAUGACCGAACUCUGCGCGGUCGUUCGAGCUCCCAACUAUAUCUUUGGAAAUUUCUCCGGCUGGUGGUUGGGUGAGGCUGAUAAUCGGCCGUAUGAGCCGUAUAUCCCUGUGUCCCGUUGGGAUGUUGAACUCAAGGCCGCCGGCUUCACUGGUGUGGACACUGCCGUAUAUGACGAAGAAGAGCCCUACCAAUACUGUGCAGCUAUCGUGUCGAAGCCUGCUCCUAAGCUGGCAGUACAAUCUCAGGAACCCAAGGCCACCAUCCUCGCCGCACGUCCAGACACUGGUAUAGCUCAGUCCCUGGUGGCCGGUCUGGAGCGGUCUGGUGUCACAGUGACCACCUGCCAACUGGGAGAUGCACUGCCUGAAGACCAAGAUAUAAUCUCCUGUCUUGAUCUGGAGUUAAACUUUUUCGAAAACAUUCCCGCAAACCGGUUUGCUGCAUUCCAAUCGCUUCUCAAGUCAAUUGGUUCCCAGAAAAUCCUCUGGCUCACAAGCCCGGUCCAGAUCCAGUGCAGAAAUCCCCGUUCUGCACAGACAAUCGGUGUGGCCCGAACAAUUCGAUCAGAACUGGCCAUGCCCUUCUUCACUCUUGAGAUCGAUGGUACAGAAAGCAAAUUCACGGACCUGGUGUUUCGAGUAUUCAAUAAAAUUUGCAAAGAGGAGAAUCACAAUGAACUGGCUGCUGACAAGGAAUUCGCUGUGCACGAGGGAACCAUCUGUGUAGGAAGAUACCAUCCUUUCUCGUUGACCAACGAGCUCUGCGAGAAGAGCAAACAAGGGGUAUCCAUUACGAAGACUCUCACAAUCGGCAAGCCAGGCCUUCUCGAGACAUUGCACUGGCUGGACCAAGGUCUCCCAGAGAACCUUCAACAUGAUCAGGUUGAUAUCAAAACUCAAGCAAUUGGACUCAACUUCCGAGACAUCGUAUUUGCCAUGGGUAUCAUUCCCGCGGUAGCGGACGGUUCUAUUCCUCUGGGUCUGGAGGCUGCGGGUAUUGUCCAAAGAGUUGGUUCCAAGGUCCAAGGGCUGGCUCCAGGGGAUCGGGUCAUGGCAUUGGCUCCUCAUGGAUGCAUCACGGCCAAUGCCAUUCUACCCGCCUCUUUGGUUGUCAGGAUCCCUGAUCACCUGAGCUUCGAAGAAGCGGCCACGCUUCCCAUUUGCUUCACGACCGCCAUGCGAGGCUUGAUCGAUAUAGGCAGAUUGGAAAGAGGCCAGACGGUUUUGAUCCAUUCCGCGUGUGGUGGUGUUGGUAUAGCUGCCAUCCAAAUUGCGAAGAUGAUCGGCGCCGAGGUAUUCGCGACGGUUAGCACCGAGGAGAAGAUCACCUUCCUGGUCGAGAACUAUGAUAUUCCACGAAGCCACAUUUUUAACUCCCGUGACCAGUCAUUUGUCGCUGGGCUCAUGCAGGAAACAGGCGGCCGUGGUGUUGACUUGGUACUCAACUCACUGUCUGGUGAACUGCUGCAUGCAUCAUGGAAAUGUGUGGCCGAGUACGGUAUGAUGGUUGAACUGGGCAAGCGUGAUUUGGUGCGAUACGGACAACUAGAUAUGCAACCUUUCCUGGCCAACAGAAGUUACAGUUGCAUUGAUAUUGCUCAAUUUAUCCGAGAGCGACCUGGACAUAUGGGAAGAAUGUUAAAAAGUCUCGGUGUCCUCUUGCAACAAGGUCUCCAGCCUAUCCGGCCUAUAACUAUCUUCAGUGGAGAGGAAGCAUGCCAAGCCUUCCGUUAUCUCCAGAAAGGAACACAUAUCGGAAAGGUCGUGUUGUGCAUGCCGAAAGACGUGUCUUCCAUUCCAUCAUCUCAAAAUCCUCAUCGGAUAAAGUUAGAUCCAACGGCGACAUACUUACUCGUCGGCGGUUUGGGAGGUCUGGGAAGAUCUCUAGCUACAUGGCUGGUGGAAUCAGGGGCCAGACACCUGACCUUCCUCUCCCGGAGUGCUGGAGUGUCUGAAAAGAGCAAGGAGAUUUUUAGGGAACUCGAAGCUAUGGGAUGUUCAGUAAAAGCCGUCGCAGGAGCUGUUGAAAACAUGAACGAUGUGAUGAAAUCCAUUCGCGUCUCAAAUGGUCCUAUAAAAGGAGUUCUUCAACUAGCAAUGGUGCUUCAGGAUGCACCCAUCGUCGACAUGGAAUGGUCUGCGUGGCAAGCCGCCAGUCGACCGAAGAUCGACGGUACCUGGAAUCUCCAUGAGGCUUUCAAGGGUCAAUCGCUGGAUUUCUUCUGGCUGGCCAGCUCACUGGUAACGGUCGUCGAUCAGCCCGGUCAAGGCAAUUACAAUGCCGCGAAUACCUUUCUUGAGGCCUUCUGCCAGUACCGGCACAGCCAAGGUCUUCCAGCAUCCGUGCUCAACAUCUGUCCCAUUGACGGUGUCGGUUUUGUAGCCGAAAAUCCCAUCGCCAGACGAAACAUGAGGGCACAGGGGCUGUACUUCCUGGGUGAAAGGGAAUUCCUUGACUAUAUCGAGGCCAGCAUCCUCAAUUCCCAUGCAGAACUGCCCGCAUCGUCAGGUCCAUCGAUAUCCCCUCCAUUGUCCUGGAAAAACCCCGGACAGCUUCUCAUGGGUCUCCGAUCCGAGCUUGAUCUCGAUGACCCCAAUAACCGCACCAACUGGCGUCGUGACCGUCGCAUGGGCAUUUAUCAUAAUGUCCACAAACAGACUGGCGGCGAAACAAGCGAAAACUCCAACGUCCUCAAGUCCUUCCUCACCCGAGCCACUGAUGAUCCGUCUCUCCUCACCGACGCGGACAACGUGGGUUUUCUGGCUCAUCAAAUCGGGCACAAAAUCUACGAUUUCAUGCUGAAGCCUGAUGAAGAAGUUAAUACCAGUCUCAGUCUCGGACAGAUGGGGCUGGAUUCGUUGAUGGCGAUUGAAUUGCGGAGAUGGCUGAAACAGACCAUGGGAUUGCAGCUCAGUGUGUUGGAAAUUAUGGGAACAGGCUCUUUGAUCAAAUUAGCUGCGGCAAUUGCGGAUCUUUUGAAGGCUAAAUUUAUGACCUAG